UGCCGGGCAACGGGGGCGGUACCAACCGCUGGGCGCACGGGACGCGGUUGCUGAGGCGACGGGGAGGCUGCGGCUGCGGCCGCCGGACCCGGACCCCGCCACCACCCUGAGGCUGGAGCCAGCUGCUGGCCAUGGCGCACGAAGGCUCGAGGCAGGCCCGAGACCGAGGGCAGACCCGCUCCAAGGCCGAGAAGACGCGGCCGCCCACCGUGACGGUGCCGCAGGUGGAGAUCGUGCCGGGGCGGUUGACCGAGGCCGAGUGGAUGACGAUGCUGGCCGUGGAGGAGGGCGAGGAAGUGGUCGGGGACAUCAUGACCGACCUGCUGGCGCGAGUCCUGGACGCGGCCUUCAAGGUCUACCUGAGCCAGCAGUGCAUCCCCUUCACCAUCAGCCAGGCCCGGGAGGCCAUGCUGCAGAUCACCGAGUGGCGCUUCCUGGCCCGGGACGAGGGCGAGUCCGCCGUGGCCGACGACCCGACGUGGGGCGAGGACGAGGAGCCCUCGGCGUGCGCGAUGGACUCGUGGGCGCAGGGAUCGGUGCCCGUGCUGCGCGCGCCCGCCGCGGGGAGACCCGAGGAGACCCAGGGCGAAGACCGGGGUAAAAAGACCCCCGUCGGAAAAGCGUGGGCGUCGGGAGGCGCCCAGGACCGCCCCAAGACGUGCGCGCAGCCCUCCGGGCCCGGGGUCCCUCCGGGGCUCCCGCGCACCCCGGAGCCCGCGCAGGAGGCCGGGCCCGAAGCUUCUGUGCUGGACUCGUUCUACUCCGCGUCCCUGAGCCCAGACGACCCGUUGUCGCUGGAGGCGACCUACGACAGCCCGCACCCGUCCCUGGACCUGUUCGAGGACAGCAGCCGCUCCCCGCAUCCGUCCGAGAAGCCGGAGUCGCCGAGCUCCGCGCCGUCGCUGGAGGACUUCUUCCGUGGCCUCGGCCCGCCCGACGGCGCCGGGGACCGGGUGCCGGCCUCGAAGGUGUCGGUGGCCAGCACCCCCGAGAGCGCGCGCUCCAGCUCCUGCGCCGAGGGCGGCUUCAGGCCCGGCUCGGCCGCGGUCCGGCUGCAGCCGUCGUCGCCGCGGGGCUCGGCGCGGUCCCGGGGCCCGCACAGGGCGCCUUCCAGACGCUCGGAGCCCGCGCGGAUGCCCAGGCCCUGGGUGCGCCCCCUCGUGGAAAUCCUGGGCCCCCGCUACCCCGCGCACCUUUGGGAAGCCCACAGCGCCUGGCCACUGGGAGAGAAGUUCGAGGGCUGGCCCCGAGGCCGGGAGUUCCGCCGCUCCCGGACCAAUUUGUUCCCUUUCCCGCCUGGUGGUCACUUCAGAGCCUUGAGCUGCAGCCCCGGACUCCAGUUAAGUCCUUUAAACCUACACCUACCUUGUUCCAGCGUCGGGUCGAAGAUCCCCAGUACCGGGCUUCGCUUCCUGGACACCCACCGGGGGAUCCCCGAAACAGCCCAGAGCCCGCCCCCCAAAGUGUGGCCGAGAGCUCACUGGCCCACCGGCUGGGAGGGGGCGGCUGAGUUGCUGGAUCAGAUGUGGGCGGGGGGCCGCCACCCCCACGUGCUCACCAGGGGUCCCCCCAUGGACAAGGAGGCGCCUGAUGUUCUCACUUGGCCGCGCACGGAGCCGCCGAUGCUCACGGCCACGAGUCAGGUCCCUUGGACGCCCAUAUUAAUGCCCGAAGCCAUGACGCUGGCCCCCGGGGUGAGCAUGUGGAACCCGGCCACGGAGGAGCUGCUCACUGCCAAGGGCUCGCCGCCAGAGAGCAGAGAGAGCGAGGUCUCCUCUCCCCAGGAGCAGUAUCCCAUCCAGACCUCAGCCCCCAAGCCCCUGGUGACCACGGCCCAGCUCACGAAGAACUCGGCCCCCAAAGUGUCGCAGGUCCCCACCAAGCCGCUGGCCCCUUCCACGCCCUGAGCCUCAGGCAAUGAGAACCGGACCUUCCUUCGGCUUUCUCACCAGAAAUAAACA